ACAACAACAACAACAACAACAACAACAACAACAAAAACAAACAAACGACCUUUUUUUUCCCUCUGUGAAAAAGUCUGCCUCCCCUGACGCUCAUGACAUCCGUCAAAAGACGCCGCCUGCCACCUCCACGCGUAACAGCCACUUUUAUUGUCCCUUGGCCUCUUGUGCCAAAGUCUUUAGAAGAUUAGAACACAUGAAACGUCAUUUUAGAACACAUACUCUGGAAAGACCCUAUCUAUGUGAUCUCUGUGGUAAACGCUUUUCUAGAUCAGAUAAUCUAUCCCAACAUAAAAAAACACAUUUAAAAUUGUCAAAGAACAACAAAGGUAGAAUGAAACACACCGAUGAUGACGACGGCGAUAAUGAGGACGACGACGACGACGAUGACGACGACAACAACAACGACAACGAUGAAGAGGACAGUCAAGAUCACGGUGAUUCGGAUGUCAUGUCAGACUAUCCAAGAAAAAGAAAGAAUAGCAGCAGUAGCUACAACAGCCAUAGUACCCGCCGUGUCUAUCAUAAAACAAGAGAGGACGUGUCUGUCCAUCCUCAUCAUGAUCGCACCCUUCAUAGCACUCAGGCUCGGUUGGCACCACCAUCACCACAGCAAGACGCCGAAGAGGAGAGUAUGGAAGAGGAAGAGGAUGAUGAAUCCAAAGAUAGCACCUAUCAAGAAUACACAUCCACGGCUCGAAGAGGACGACGACCCCAAAGAAGCUCAACCCUCAAGAAAAAUACAACCCAUCCCCGCAGAACAACAAUAAAAAGAUACCAAUGCAAUAGAGAGGAUCUCCAAAAGAGAAGAGCUGCCAAAAGAACGCAGCGUAGCCAUAAAAAAAGAAAAUGGGUCGUUUAUGAAGUCUUGACCACCACCACGGAUGAUGACGAGGAGGACCUGGACGACGACGACGACGACGACGGCGACGGUGUCAAAGACAUGGAGCUUGAUGAUGAAGCAGAAGAACAAGAC